AUGUUUCCAAGGUUCAGCGAGAACCGAAGGGGCCAGCGGGCGCUUGUUGCUCUCCGCAGCCAGGCGUGUCAGGCGUUCUACCAGCUUCCCGUGGCCUCUGGUGGCAGCCUGGUCUGGGACGAGUCAGCUCAUCUCUUCAGGCAUAAAGCCGAGAUGCCGACGAACUACUUCGGGCCGGAGUUAGCCUACACAUCCUUCCGUCGAAUGCUGACUUACGAGGAUGUGGCCGUGAAGGCAAACUUCUCCAGAGUCAAAGAACCCUGCCAACCUCCGGGAUGUCGGGAUGUCUUCGAGUCUCUGGACUACUGCCUGCCCUAUGCGGUUCAUGCGGCGCAACGGCCUAUCAAGGUGAACUACCUUGAGGUAGGCUCUGAAAAGUCGCUUCUGGCAGCCGCAGUGUGGAAGUGUGCCUCCACAAGCUUGACAGAUGCCCUAUGGAAGGUCUCGAACACGACUCGCUUCAUGGGCCCGCACUGGAAAAAUCUGUCAGACUGCGGGGCACAAGGCCACCUACCAGGCUGCAGCUGGACGACCACCUUUAGCUCGGGGGUCACGGAUGCCCGGUGGAAGAUCGCGACGUUUCGACACCCGCUGGACCGCUUCGUCGCAUCUGUGAACGAGCAUUUUGCCCUUCCAAGCUGUGAUGGCAUGCCCUGUGCCGGCGUGGUGCAGCAGGCGCAGCACCAAGCCGAACGGCUCUUGAGGGACUUCCCGGGUCAGUGGAGGAGCUGCGAGCACGCGACUCAGAGCUACUUCCUCUCUGCAACGGACCUGCUUGGCAAUCCCAUUGCCUGGGACUUCCUGCUGGAAGUGGACAAUUUCAACCGCGACCUGCAGGAACUGAGCCGGCUUACGCAGAUCGACAUUCAGGAGAAGGAAGAAAAAAACUCCAGUGGCGACAGUAAGCUGAAGCAGCUUUACUUCGAUGCCAUCUUUGCCGACACGAAGACGAUCUGCGCUGUCUGUAAGGUCUACGCACAAGACUUCACCUGUUUGGGAUAUGACUUCCCAGAGCGAUGCAGCAAUGAGAGCUGCAAUAGCUUUGGAAUCUACUUUCCCUGA